AUGGAGGCUCAGUUAGCUAACUUAAUGGCUAUGCAACAACCCAACCAUCAAAACCUUAGUGCUGAAACUAAGACUCAUACCAUGCUUGAACAAAUGAUGAAGAUGAUGGUCGACCAGAAGAAGGAAACCGAUGGAAGAUUCCAGUCUUUGGAGCUGGCAGUGAAGCAGUUGCAAACCAGAGCCACGUCGAUCGACGUUAAUCUUGGGAACUUGCAAGCACAGAUUAGCUUAGGCGAAAAUGUCUCUGCGGUAUUUCAAAAGAAGCUUCCUAUUAAAUGUAAAGAUCCUGGCAUGUUUUCGAUACCUUGUAAGAUAGGAGACCUUAAACUAGAUAGAGCUAUGCUUGAUUUGGGUGCUUCUAUAAAUGUCAUGCCUAGGAGUAUCUACGAUAGAGUUCAAUUAGGUGCAUUAAAAGACACGGGAUUGAUAAUUCAACUUCCAGAUAGAAGUAAUGCCUAUCCUGAUGGCAUUUUAGAAGAUGUUCUAGUGCAAGUGAAUGAGUUAGUUUUUCCAGCUGAUUUUUAUGUUUUAGACAUGGGAGCUAGUGAUAAAUCAGUUGAUGUACCCCUACUCUUAGGUAGACCUUUUCUUAAGACAGCUAGAACGAAAAUUGAUGUGCAUAAAGGGAAUUUAACAAUGGAAUUUGAUGGUGAGAUAAUUAAAUUUAAUAUAUUUGAUGCUAUGAGAUAUCCCACUGAUAUUAAUUCUGUAUUUACUCUUGAUAUAAUUGACAAUUUUGUUCAAGAUGUCUAUGAAUUAGGGGAAGAAGACAAGUUGAAAAGCGUUCUAGCUAAGAGCAUUUUUGAUAUCGCCAAGCAGGAAUUUAUCAUUUCUGAUUCUUUAAUUGAUUCAGUUUGCACUUUAGACUCGCCCAAAUUGACACGAUUCAAGCCGAUUCUCCCUAAUCUUACGGUAACUGGUAAGCAAGUCCCUUCAUUGAUCUUACCACCUAAAUUGGACUUAAAAGAGUUGCCCGAAAAUUUGAAGUACAUUUAUUUGGGGGAAAAUCAAACUUUACCAUUGAUAGUAUCGAAUGCUUUAACCGAGAUGCAAGAAUCUAAGCUGCUUAGAGUUCUUAGGGAGCAUAAAGAAGCCUUCGGUUGGACACUAGCUGGCAUUAAGGGACUUAGUACGACUUUGUGUACCCACAAGAUAGCCUUGGAACCAGAUUCAGUUCCCAAAAGAGACCCCCAACGCCGAUUGAAUCCACCAAUGAUGGAGGUAGUCAAGACUGAAAUUUUAAAGUGGUUGGAAGCCGGUGUCAUUUAUCCUAUAGCCGAUUCAAAGUGGGUAAGUCCAAUUCGUGUUGUACCUAAGAAGGGAGGAACUAUAAUAGUCACCAACGAGGAAGGGCUAGAGAUUCCUACGAGAGUGCAGAAUGGUUGGCGGGUACCUAUUGCACCUGAGGAUCAAGAGAAGACCACCUUCACUUACCCGUUUGGAACUUACGCCUUCAAGAGAAUGCCUUUCGGAUUGUGCAAUGCAUCAGCUACUUUUCAAAGAGUUCUUAGGCGUUGCAUUGAGACUAACCUGAUAUUGAAUUUUGAGAAAUGUCAUCUCAUGGUUGAAAAGGGCGUAGUAUUGGGGCAUGUCGUCUCAGCUAAAGGUUUAGAAGUCGACCAAGCUAAAGUUGAGAUAUCGUCCCCUUUAUGUGCAUUGCUCGGUAAGGAUGUUGCAUUUGAAUUUAGUGAGAAUUGCAAGAAAUCUUUUGAUGAAUUGAAAUUGAAAUUGAUCACAGCCCCUAUCAUACAAGGGCCAAAUUAUGCAUUACCUUUUGAAAUUUUAUGUGAUGCCAGUGAUAAGGCUGUUGGUGCGGCUUUGGGACAAAGAAAUGGUAAGGAGUCUUAUAUUACCAGGUAUGCUAGCGAGCUAUUGAACCCAGCUCAAUGCAAUUAUACCACGACCGAGAAAGAGCUCUAUGCCAUAGUUUUUGCCUUGGAAAAAUUUAGAGCAUACUUGUUAGUAGUCAAAGUUGUUGUAUUUUCUGACCAUGGUGCUCUUAAAUAUUUGUUGCAUAAAAAAGAAGCUAAGCCCCGAUUAAUAAGAUGGAUUUUGCUUUUGCAGGAAUUUGACUUGGAAAUUAAAGAUAAGAAAGGUAAGGAGAAUCUUGUGGCCGAUCAUUUGAGUAGGAUAGAGACUGGAAUUUUGAGGGAUGAGCCGAGUGAUUUAUUUCCCGAUGAGUGA